UGUAGGAGAGCUGAACCAACGCACCGAUGGUAUAUUCCGCACCUCUUUACCGUGUCCUCGAUUUCGUUCAUGACCAAAUUGAACGUAGUCUUAAGGAAUACCGAAUACCCUCGGUAAAUGGAUGGCAUUUGCACAAUAGUGUCUUCCCCAGUAAUAUCCCUGUGGCCCCUAUGCAUUGCGAGGCAUCCACUAGGUCCUUCCGGCCAGUGCGCCCUGAGCUACUCGAUCAUAACUCUUCCCAUUGGAAGAGCCAUUUGGACUUCGUGAAUUCAUGUUACCUAGGAAUGGGUGGUCGUUAUCGGAGGUUGUGCGGCUCGAAGGCAAUCAUCAUCAGACUCUGGCUUGUGUUCACAGCUGCAUCCAUCUUGACGAAGCGCUGCCGAAGCAGGGGUCCCAAUAUGACAUAACCCCGAUAACAGUUUAUAAGUCAUCUCCUGUCACAUACGCAGAGCUGAAUCUCCUGGGGCCUAGCUUCGGGCCUAGCUUCAGCUUCAGAGACAGCGCGCUGACGACCGAAAGAAAAAAGAAAGAAAAAACACACACUAUACUUCGCUCUACACAAUCGACUUUGGCGCCAACUUCCCACCUUCCUACCUCAGACCUAGUACUCUUUUUGAUCAGUUUGAACGUUACGCCUUCCGGACAGUUCGUUAGAUGGACAUAGUCGAUAAUAGUGGAACUCGUCAGAACAAACCGGACCUCGCUAUCUGAAUAUUUGCGAUCGAAUAGAAGCUGGUUUAUAAUGAAUAUUCGCUGGAAAUGCAGAACACUCCACCACAUCAUGUGAAAAUUUUCCCACUUCAUUUUUUACUCCUCGGAAUGGUCGCAGUCGGAUGUACGCGCAAUAUGCAAAGCAAACAUGCACCAGUCCAAGAUGCCAGUCGUACUAUUGAAGCGGCAAGUUUACUGACGCUGACUCGGAUCAGAUCAUAUAGGAUAGCAAGUUUCUCCUCUUCGAUCGGCAUCGACAUAUAGACCGUGCCUCCAACGCAGUGUUCGUCAGUAGGAGAAGUGGUGAUUGAUUUGGACGAUAUGGCUGAUAGUGACAAGGAGCGCAGGUACCUAUGGUUGGCAGUCACUGAACUAAUAGAAUUGAGCAGCACUGACAAGUCACUGUCGGAGUAUUCCGAGUUAAAUACCACAAUUGGUUAGCUGGCCGCUUGUAAUGACAUCGUGACAGAGGCCAAAUGCUACGUUUUUAUCUUUCU